CCGCGGGGGACGAGGAGGCGCGCGCGCUGGUGUCGGCGUGGGCGUUCAACUGCGAGCGCAUCAUGCACGGCACGCCGUCCGGUGUGGACAACGCCACGUGCACGUACGGCGGGCUGGUGCGCUUCCGCCGCGGUGAGCCGGCGCGCGUGCUGCGCGCGCCGGCCUCGUUGCGCGUGCUGCUCGUGGACACGCGCGUGAGCCGCCGCACGCGCGCGCUGGCCGAGCGCGUGGCGGCGCGGCGCGCGCGCGAGCCGGCCGCCGUGGACUGCAUCGUGCGCGCGUGCGGGCACCUCACCGACAGCGCCGAGCAGAUUUUCGAAAAACUGUCUAACUGCGAAGGAGAUACGGAUUCUUUAUAUGAGCAUCUGGCGGAGCUGUGGGGCGCGUGCCACUGCCUGCUGGCGGCGCUGGGCGCGUCGCACGGCGCGCUGGAGGCCGUGCGGCGCGCGGCGGCGGCGCACGGGCUGGAGGCCAAGCUCACGGGCGCGGGCGGCGGCGGGUGCGUGUCCGCAGUCCACAACCCUCCUCUUUUACUUGAUACCCAUAUCGAGGUAGUGUGAAAACCAUCAGCAUUUUGUGGCGGCGGCCCUGUUGGACAUAUUUUCGCAAUACUCCCGACUAAUUUAACCUAUCGAAAAAAAGUUCGAGACACGUCACAGACAGAUUCACACGGACACACACACACGCAGUACACACGACCUUACCAACAGACUUGUCAAACUUAUAACACCCCGUCGUGUUUGCUUGGAGGUUGACAAAUAUCAAGUUGAAAAUUAUGUGUAUGCUUCUUUUAGGUUGUAAUUUUGACGAGUGGUGAUGUAGUUUAUUCAUGUUUGUUUUUACGUUGAUACCGCCAAUUUUAAAUUUAGAAAACUUAUAGAAAUUUAUGGCGAUAACACUUUAAGUUUUAUUUAAUUUAUUUGAGCGAGAAAUAGUCCAGUUCAGUUUACACAAUUAUUAUGUUGAAAAUAAUUCAAAUUAUGAAGUGACUCAGUUAAAUGAUAAUCUAAAUCCAUCCUGAUUUCGAUUUUGUUUUAUAGUACUUUAUCUACUCACACGCUUUAAAUACUCUGUAAAAGUUUCUGAACAGCUAGCUUAUGUCCAAUAUUGAAACGCCCAAUGUCCUAAUAACCAUUAUAAUAUCAUCCAAACGGACCCGGAUACGGAUAAACUGUUGUACUGAUAAACUGAAUUUCAUAAUAA